AGGAACGCCCUCUUUUCCCAAGUUAGUUUUCUAGUCUAGGGCUUCAAAUACUAGUUUAAUGGUGAAGGUAAGUGUGUUUCUUCUUUUAAACAGUAUGCUAACUACUAAACUGGGAGAGAUGCAUUCAUUAAUUUUACCAGCACUCAAAAACACACCAACGGCAGCCUGAGGAUCUCCAUUUGGAAAUGGUGUCCGGUUCCAAAGUGAAGAAGAGGCUUUCUUCCAAAAUAACCAUCCAACCCAGACCCUAAGGCUGGAGAGGCCAUUGAUGCUGAGGUGGUCAGUGGUCACUAACCAGAGGAACACGUCAAAGCCUGUCGUGGUGACAGUGAUUCGGAGCAGUGGAGAACUCCACCACAGAGUGCACACCAUUCCCCCAAGAAGCAAAAUGAAUGAGAAGUCAACCACCAGGAAAGAUUCAGGUUUCUGCUCCUUGCGCUAUGGGCUGGCUCUCAUCAUGCACUUCUCAAACUUCACCAUGAUAACGCAGCGUGUGAGUCUGAGCAUUGCCAUCAUCGCCAUGGUGAACAGCACCCAGCAUCAGGACCCAGUUAAUGUAUCCACGGACAGCCCUUUGACCGACCCUCUCAGUAACUGGAGCAGAAGCAUCAAGGACUUCAGCACGCGGGCUGCUGUUUAUCAGUGGAGCCCAGAGACUCAGGGCAUCAUCUUUAGUUCUAUCAGCUAUGGAAUCAUACUGACUCUAAUACCAAGUGGAUAUUUAGCAGGGAUAUUUGGAGCAAAGCAGAUCCUUGGUGCUGGCUUGCUCAUCUCGUCCCUGCUCACUCUGUUUACUCCACUGGCUGCUGAAUUUGGGGUGAUUUUGGUCAUCAUCAUUCGCACAGUCCAGGGGAUGGCCCAGGGAAUGGCGUGGACUGGUCAGUUUACAAUUUGGGCAAAGUGGGCUCCUCCACUUGAACGCAGCAAGCUCACCAGCAUUGCUGGCUCAGGGGCAGCAUUUGGGUCCUUCAUCAUCCUCUGUGUGGGGGGAUUAAUCUCACAGGCAUUGGGAUGGCCUUUUAUCUUCUAUAUCUUUGGUAGCAUUGGCUGUGUCUGCUGUGUCCUGUGGUUCACAGUGAUUUACGACGACCCCAUGAAUCACCCAUGCAUAAGUGUGAGGGAAAAGGAACAUAUCACAUCUUCACUGGCUCAGCAGUCUAGUUCUCCCAGAAGAUCCAUCCCCAUCAAGGCGAUGGUCAGAUGCCUGCCACUGUGGGCCAUUUUCAUGGGGUUUUUCAGUCAUUUCUGGCUGUGCACCAUAAUCUUAACAUACCUACCGACAUACAUCAGUACGGUGCUCCACGUUAACAUCAGAGAUAGUGGGGUUCUGUCCUCCCUGCCUUUUAUUGCUGCCUCAAGCUGUACAAUUUUAGGAGGUCAGAUGGCAGAUUUCCUUCUGUCCAGGAAUCUUCUCAGCUUAAUCACAGUUCGAAAACUCUUUUCAUCCCUGGGGCUCCUUCUUCCGUCAAUCUGUGCUGUGGCUCUGCCCUUUGUGACUUCUAGCUACAUAGCAACUAUUGUUUUGCUGAUACUCAUUCCGGGAACCAGCAAUUUCUGUGACUCGGGGUUCAUCAUCAACACUCUAGAUGUUGCCCCCAGAUACGCAAGCUUCCUCAUGGGCAUCUCCAGGGGAUUUGGGCUCACUGCAGGAAUCAUCUCUUCCACCACCACCGGAUUCCUCAUCAGUCAGGAUUCUGAAUCAGGAUGGAGGAACGUGUUUUUCCUGUCUGCUGCUGUCAACAUGUUUGGUCUGGUCUUUUACCUUAUAUUUGGACAAGCAGAAAUCCAAAAAUGGGCCAAAGAAAAGACUCUGACCCGCCUCUGAGGAUGUUGGAUUGGAGACCCAAAUGAAGUGAGCGCUGCCUGGGAGGGAGCCCCACACCUUUAGAAAGCCCUGUGGAUUUGGCUGGCUUCUUUACUGUUGAAUGCUCCACACUGGACUUUCUCCACUGCCACCUGGUUUGUUUUCUCUUUGGGACUUGGCACUGAUUCUGACAUGACUGCUAACUCAGCAAUCCACGGUCAUUGCCCUGUUGCCUCAUGAGUAGGAUGUCAUCAUGCCUGCCAUGCUCCCACCUCCUUUAGACUUGGAUAUUAACAUUAUUCCAGUCCUUGUGACUUUCACCCUUCAUGUCCUGUUGGUGCCCCUCUAACUCCUAUAUGUGAACUUGUUUCUACUUGUGCUUGUCCAUACGUCCAGAAGAAUCUUCAAACCUGAGUGCUUUGUGAGUUUUGAACCAGAGGACCUUUCCCUCUAACCACAAUGUUCAGCCCCCAUCACCAAGCCAUCACUCUAUCAUUCAUACUUUCUGGCAUUCUUGUUUUUCUACCUGGAAAAUUGUAAGAAAGCAUUUGGUCCCUGAUGUGAGAUUCCCCUCUGUAUGCUGUGAAUAUGCUUUAUUACCAUUGGCUAAUAAAGAAGCUGAUUUUGGCCUAUGGCAGGGCAGAACAAAGCCAGGGGCAAUAUCCAAACAGAAAUAUAUAUAUAGAUAUAUCUAGAGGAGUCAGAGAGAUACCAUGUAGCUGCCGAAGGAGAGAGACAACAGAAUCUUACCGAUAGGCCACAGCCAUGAUUAAUAGAUUAAUAGAAAUGGGUUAAUUUACGAUAUAAGAGCUAUCUAGGAAUGUGCCUAAG